AUGCAAGGCCCCCUAGGAGGAGGAACAGGUCCUGGGCUGUCCCCUGUGGACAGACGGACACUUCUGAUCUGCAUUUUUAUCCUGGCUAUAGUUUGGGGCCAAAUGAAUUUCACAGGGUGAGACCAGGUUCUUCGAAUCCUGGCCAAAGAUGAGAAGCAGCUGACACUUCUCAGGGAUCUGGAGGGCCUGAAGCCCCAGAAGGUGGACUUCUGGCGUGGUCCAGCCAGACCUAGCCUCCCUGUGGACAUGAGAGUUCCCUUCUCUGAACUAAAAGAUGUCAAAGAUUAUCUGAAGUCUCAUGGCCUUCGUUACAGUGUCAUGAUAAAGGACAUCCAGGUGCUGCUGGAUGAAGAGAGAGAUGCCAUGGCAAAGUCCCGAAGGCUGGAGCGCAGCUCCAGUAGCUUCAGCUAUUCUUCUUAUCACACUCUGGACGAGAUAUAUAAUUGGAUGGACAACUUUGUAGCUGAACAUUCUAAUCUUGUCUCCAAAAUUCACAUUGGCAACAGCUUUGAAAACCGGUCCAUUCUUGUCCUGAAGUUCAGCACUGGAGGUUCAAAUCGCCAGGCCGUCUGGAUUGACACUGGGAUCCAUUCCCGAGAGUGGAUCACCCACGCCACCGGCAUCUGGAUCUCGAAUAAGAUUGCCAGUUCGUAUGCCAAAGACCAUCUCUUGAAAAAAAUAUUGAAUGCAAUGGACAUUUUCAUUGACAUUAUCACCAACCCUGAUGGCUUUGCUUUUACCCACAGCAUGAAUCGCUUGUGGCGAAAAAACAAGUCAAGUCAACCGGGCAUUUCCUGCAUUGGCGUGGACCUCAACAGGAAUUGGAGGACAGGCUUUGGAGGAAAUGGUUCUAAUAAAAACCCCUGCUCAGAGACUUAUCGAGGGCCUGCACCUGAGUCGGAGCCAGAGGUAGCUGCCAUUGUAGAAUUCAUCACAAACCAUGGGAACUUCAAAGCGCUGAUAUCCAUCCACAGCUACUCUCAAAUGGUCAUGUAUCCUUAUGGCCACUCUCUGGAACCUGUGCCAAACUACUAUGAGCUGUUCAAUCUUGCCAAGGAUGCAGUGAAGGCUCUGAAUAAGGUGCACGGGAUCCAGUACACUUUUGGCAGCAUCAGUACCACCCUCUAUGCAGCCAGCGGGAUCACGGUGGAUUGGGCUUAUGACACUGGCAUCAAGUAUGCCUUCAGCUUCGAGCUCCGGGACACUGGACAAUACGGCUUCCUGUUGCCAGCUUCGCAGAUCGUUCCCACAGCCGAGGAGACAUGGAUGGCUAUUCGGACCAUCAUGAAACACACCAUGAAUCACCCCUAUUAG